CUCUUGUCAAAGGAGAGCAUGUCGCGUCAGCGCCUGUCCCGAAGGAAGACCGGUAUUCGUGUGAGCUGGUGCUGAGAUCUUUUCUGUCAUGGUAAGUCGAUUGUUCUCACUAUUACCCCAUGGAAAGGUAGGCUAAACUAACAGAGUGCUCUACGGAUUUAGGACACAGCUGUACAUCACAAAGCCGUGUUCAUUUGGCAACAAAGAUCUGUCAGAGUCGUUUUAGUGCAGGGAAGCAUGGCCGAUCAUGAAGGGCAUGUUGUCGGAUGUGGACGGGCUGACAAUGAUUGAUGGAGAAAAGGCGGGCCUGGAGUCGGGGAAGAGGAGGGACAUAGUGCGCAAGGUCGACGUGGAGACCCCCACACCGCGUGAACAGAGUGGACGGACGCUGGAUCUGGUAGCCAGAGACACAACCAACAAGCGCGACUGGUUUGUAGUAGAGAAUCUCAAGGAGUGGGAUGAGAUGUCGACCAAGUUCUUGCGCGAAGUUGAUGUGACGCUGUUCAAAGACCUCCACCUCAUCGCAUCCCACCGGCUACGGGAACAGCCCAGUAUCCACUUUCGCAGCCAGGCGCGCUUCUUUGCAAUAUACUCUGGAGGUAAGCCAUUCAACGCCAUUGGUCUGUUUAAAAGGUUGCAGCUAGAGUCUGCUAACACUUUCUUUAGGUCGAGGUUUCAAGACGAUGGAGAUGAAGGCGUGCCCCUUCAGUGCUUACAUUAUGUUAUUGCACUUGUACGACUCGUGCCUGCUACCCUCCACUACCACAACAUGGAAGCCCCAGGCCCAGGGACUCGUCCACCUAUUGCAAGUCAGGGGUUGUGUCAUGAAGACGGUGGAGAUGUGCGAGGCGUAUUCGAGGGAGGAGAAUGAGGACGAGGAUAGCGAUGCUCUCGAGUGCUCUCUAUCUCUUGAGCUUUUGGAGCCAACCAUUUGAAAAGGCGAUCAGCUCUGGCUUAUGUUCAGGACGAAA